AUGGGCACAGCCGCCACGGACCAGCUUCGGCUGGUCGUCUGGAAGAACUUACUCCUCCGGAAGCGGAGACCGGUCAUUCUCUGUUUAGAAGUUUUGUGGCCCAUAGUAAUUUUCCUAUUACUGGUGAUCCUUCGAUUGAUUCUACCAGCAACGCAUCAGAGUGCAUGCUUUUAUAACGCACGCGCCUUGCCGUCGGCCGGGGGCUUACAAGUUAUCCAAGGUCUCAUCUGUAACAUCGACAAUCAAUGUCUGAACAGGAGCCAGUUCGAGGAUAUCCCGACCUAUCCCGGAUCGAGGUUGGAUUCGCUUGUUGGAGCCCUAACCCCGUUGUUCAACAACGGGAAGCUUCUGGGUCUUGCCCGAGAGCUCCCGACUUCGGCGAGAUUGUUAGACGCCAUUUCAAAUCUUCUAGCGCACCAAAGUGUUAAACGAUUGUUAGUCACGGGAGUUCCCGUAGAGAAUCUAGUCAUCGAUGUAGAAGAAGCGCGCGAGUUGUUUCUCAAUAAAAUGUCCAUAAGCCCAGAUAUUGUGGACAGCUUGCUCAAGUCAAAACUAAGUCUUCCAUCGCUCGUGUACACUCUGAUCACAAAACACGCUGAAUGCGACGAGUCUCUAAUACGCAGCAUAGUCAUAUCGGAUGACAGGCGAGUGGCGCAAGAGCUCACCCGAAAGUGCCCUCUGAGCACCGAGUUUGCGGAGAAGCUGCAGAGCCUUGCCGAUGUCAAAGAAGUCAUUCGCACGCUUUCGGGCGUAGCGGAGGCACUCGAUCAGCCCCGCAUGGCCAAACAGAUCGAAGAACUGACUGAGGUCGUGCGAAUAGCUUCGAAGCUGAAGUUCGGACACCAAAGGAAUAAAUGGUCCGAAGUCGUUCGGUUGGGAACAAACGUCAUCAACGACGUGCGGAACGGAGUGGGCGCAAAGUUCGCGCAACGGCUCUGGCGAGAUUGGGGACGACACGUUCUGCCGAAACAUUCCGCAGAUUUGCAAACGCUCCUGAACGCUGCGUCGAAGGUCUUCAACGAGGAAGCCAAGCCGAGUUUCGAGGACAGCGAGCUGAAUAAGAUCAUACCGGCCCUGAGGAACAUGCUCCAGGUUUUCAAGAACGCACCUCAAAUUGAGUCGGGUCUCUUCGGUGUUCUGAAUGGGAACUUGGUCGAUCUGGCCGAGCACGUGGGACUAGAUGCAGACUGGCUCAACAUAGGAGUUCAUCUGAUCGGUGCCGAAGCAUCCGCAAUCCCUGGUUCGCACACCUUCCCGUACUUCCCAAGGUUACUCGAAGCGGCAGCACGCACACUCGCCGACCGAGAGAAACGCUCGAAAAUCGUUGAGAGACGUUCAGGCGGACCAUUGCUCUGGGAGGAAAAUGUGUGCAAUCCAGCUUUCUUCGAAGAAUAUGUGGUUCAUUCGGACGAAGCCCGCAUCAUGUCGAGAUACGCUUGCUCGCUCCUCAAGCAGGUAUUACCGUCAUUCGUCGACAAAGUUACCGGCAAAGUGAACCUUCGCUACCGAAAUGCUUCGUCAACUCCAGCGCGCGAGGCCAUGGACGGGCUAUUCGGGCUGAUGGAAGCGAUUCCGAAAGCCUCUCCGUACGAGUUCCAAAAUCGUCUGGAUAACGCUCUGAUGGAUCUCGACCAUUACCUGAAACAUGAGAUUGACGAGACGAGCCAAGCCUCCUUGCUCGGGUCGACAGCGCAACUGGUGUACGACUACUUUGAGUUGCUCCGGCCCGACUAUGCUGUCCACAUUGAGCGAAUCGCCGCGGCUGUUUCAUCUGUACUUGACAUCAUGAGUCGCUACUUGAGCAAGGCCACUGUCAGUGGCGAAAUUUCUUGGGCGUCGGCGCUUGGCUCGCAGUCUCUGCAGAGAACUCUGAACAGCCUAUUCGACAAUAUCGAUUCGCUUCUCGUUGCGUCCGAUGCCGUACUCACGAAGGGUCUGAACGCGUCAAAGUUGCUGAAAGAUCCGGACUUGAAGUUCUGCUCGAGGUCUUCGCCUCUCUCGUCUUACCUCAUCGUGGAGGAGCCGGAACACUUCGCCGAAGUCGAGAGGAGCAUCUGCUCUAACAUAGAAUCAAUAUAUCCGGAGAUGUCGACAUCCGCCCCGGUCAAAGAAAUCCUUUCCCUGCUGGGAAGAGCAUCCUUGAGCAACGUCACGGACAAAUCGGUUUCUUGGAACGACAUAGCAACCCGCGUUGUGAGUGUACGGAAGUCUCUCAACCACUUGAACUCCGUGGGAUUCGCGAAUUUCGAGCGAAGUCUCGAACCCUUCGCUCGUUUCGUAUCCGGAAUACGCGUUCUCCUGGGUGUGCCGUCGACCAAAACCGAGGUUCUGCGUCUGAAGACUCGCGCCCUUGAACUUGCGCUGAAUCACUUCGAGUUCGAUGAGGUCAUGAAAUCCGUGGCUUUGAAAUUGGUUCACGAGAUGUCGAACGCGAACGCUGUCGGAUCGAUACCCGACGACUCGAGCAGCAUCCUGCGUUGGUCCGAGCAACAUCUACCGGAGUUCAUGAAGCUCUUCCUGCAAAUGUCCAUCAGCAAGCCCGAGAAGAUAAGAUCGUUCUUCCAGCACAACCUCACCGAGAUCUGCCAGGAGUCUCUCGAGACCAUCUUGGAGCUCAAUUCGACCUCCGAAGCAGAACAAAAGCUCAGCGAUAAUUUCAAUGAUCUUUGCGAGAGACUCCUCUCGGGAAGCCGCGUCGACCAAGCGAAGUAUCCUCCGUCGAUCAUGAUAAGGAAAUUCCUUGACGGUUUCGCUUCGUUUUGGGACCUCGCGUCCGCCAAUCAGACCAGGAACAGACUGUUCGACGUGGCUCUAUGGCGAACCGCUCUCUUACCUACGUUGACUUCAAGCGGGAGCGAUUCUGUCUUCGAUUUGCUCCAAACCUCGAUUUCUACCCUGCAGCCGUUCCUGCCUCUGAAACAGACGUCGUUCGGCGAAUUCCAAUGUUCUAGCGAUCGAGCCUCUCAUUCGGAGCUGAAUCUCAUCAAAAACGUCUGGAGUGUCCUUCAAAACCUCUCGAAAUUAAUCGACGCAAGUCUCCGGAUUCUCCUGCAGCCGAACCACGUGAAACAGAUUGCGCCUCUAGUCAGGAGUUGGUUCCGUAACGGGACCUUCUGCCAAUCGAGUCAAGAAGAUUUCAGAAUUCUGCGACGCUUUUACGGCUCGGCGUUUACACCGCUCAACGAGUUGAGAAGCGUGAUCUGCGUUUCGGCAGAACAGCUCGCUUUGGAGUUCCCGGAGUGUUCGGCUGACGAUCAGUCGCCGACCAGUGCGGUUUCUGCCAUCAAACAUGCGCUGCUCAAGCUGGCCGAACCAGAUUCUAAGCUCACCCCUGAUAAGAUUUUCUCGGUGUUCGAGUGGUAUAAAACAGCACUCGGUGUGAUGAACAUCCUCCAGAAUGGGCUGACCACGGAGACCCUGAAGGACCCGCAGACUUGGCUCGAACUCUUCGAGAAGAAUCUCGGGAAGCAUCCGCAAGUUUUGUCAGAGCUCAGGCAGCUCAUCAUCAAGAGCGGCGAUAUAUCGGCGCAGAUGCUCGCACAAAACUCGACCAUGGAUUUGGAUCCCACGUUGCUCAGAGUGCUCAAGCAAGUCAGUUCAUCGAGAUUACUAGAGACCGCCAUGUGGUUCUCACGCUCACUGUCGUCGAACAGUGUCGUUGACUUCCGACUCGAGUCUCUUGAAAGUUUACUUUUCGAUAACUGCGGCGAGAGUUCUGGCGCCGGUAUCCACGCCUUGCUAUGCGGCGACGAAACGCGACGUCUUUACGAACAUCUCCGACAGUUGAACAAACAGAAAUCGAAUUCAUCUUUCGCUGAAGCCGUCAAAUCGAUCGUAUCCCUCUUGCAUAAAAUUGAUCCACGAGCAACGACCAUGCUCAGGACAACUUUCUCUGAGUCUGCGGAUAAUUACCAGCGACGACUCCCUAACUCACUCGCUAAAGGCAUUGUUUCGACUUUAUGGCUCUCCGAUAUCCCUGACGACCUCAGCCAUCUCCUGGAGCUCGCAACGACAGUGACCGAAGUUCUCGAUGUCCUUCCCCCCUACAACGUGUCGAAUUUCUUGGUUCACAACCUGACGCAACCCUCACCCGACUUCGGAAAUCUCCGGGCCUUGGAUGACGAUCCAGUACGUCAACUUCUCAUCAAUAAUCUCGUUCCGAUCGCCGGCGGUCUACAGGAUACGGGAACGAUUCUCAUCAACCUGUGGAACAGUCAGGAUCUCCUCCUCAAAUCCAGCUUAAGGAGCUCCGCAUGCAAAUCCGGGGACUCCGUCAUUCUGGAUCUCAUGAAAAACUUGGGUUCGCCCCUAAAUGCGACGUGCCAGGUGCCCGGCUCAAAUCUCGGGGACGCCUAUCAAUAUCUCAUGGACAGAGGUCUCGAGAGAAUCGUGGAUAUCGAUGCUGAAAACAUCUGUUAUCCCCAAAUACUGAGUCAGUUCGCAACGUGGUCGCGGGUCUAUUCGGGAGAGGCGCAAAUUCUGUCGAACUGUUUCAAAGCUCUCCACAACUCCAACACGACCUCCGAGCUCGCUCAGGUGGCUCGAACAGCGGCCAGCCUCUUCAGAUUCAUUCCAGCGUUCAGCGGCAUCAAGGGGGAUCCCGGCUAUGAUCCCUUGGAUGAGCUGAGAAGAGAAUUCCCCGUCCGCGCUCGAUUCGAAGACCUCGUUUCCCAGAAGGCUCUACUCGAUGAUCUCGACGAUCCUUCUCUCAACGGAACGGUGGUUGAUGCAAGAUGGCUCUCCUUACACCGCUCGCCGAGGCGUCUCGAGAGAAUGUUCUGCGAAGGAUCUUGGUACCCCGUGAUCGUUUAUCCAACACAAGUUCUGCCCGAGAAGUACUGCAGCAACGACUUUGCGAAACGAUUUCUCCGGGCGAUUGAUUUCGAUCGGCUAGGACCUGAGAUCCGGAAAUCCCAGAAUGAUACGCUCACGAAGGGACUUUGGCUGAGACCCUUCCUCCGGGCUGAUCUUUUCGAUGCGCUCGGUGGAAUCGGGAGGAACGCGCUUCCGUUCAUCCAGUUGUCCGAGGAGCCUCUCACCCUGGAAACGGCUACGGCAUUGCUGGUCUCUCUGAAGGAGGCCCAACUGAAAGAUUUACACGAAGCGUUGCACGCAUUCGGGUGGCCCAUAUCUGAAGUAUUCACGGGAAGCGAGCUCGAUGUGUUCGUCCAAGCGAUCCGGAGGGCGAUCGGUGCGGUGAAGGAGAUGUCGGCCACGGGGCUCUUCAAUGUCCGAUUCAAGGUCACGGAAGUCCUGAACGAUCCAGAGUCUGCGAGGAAGGCAAUCAUUGAAGCACUCGGCGCUAGCGGAUACAUCAUCGACUUCAUCCUCUCCAUGGAAUUCGACGUAUCACCUUUCUUAGUCGAUCUAGAGACCAGGAAAUUGACUUUCGUCGAUGUCGUUGGAGACGUUUCACUCUUGAAACGCGCCUUCAGCCUACCACCGAGCUCGAGCAUUCUCGACAAGUAUUCUAAUGUCUUGAGACAAGCGGUGGAUAAGCUGGGCAUUCCUCCGAACCCCCUGGUGACCGUCGCUCAACAGAAGCUCUUGAAGAAUGUCGCCGACAUACUCUUGGUGAAGGCGCUGAGGAAAAAUGAUCUCACCUGGGACCAUCUGGUGGCGAUAUUUUCGGCGUUCAACGCUGCGCCUCAAGUGGCGUCUGACGUUGGGAACAGCUUCGCUACGAUAAAAGACGUCGUAGGUCUCGAAACGAUCAAAGGUCUUUCGAAUCUCAACGUCUCCGUGAACGGCGUCCGGGUCCUAGCGGAACCGGUGGCGUUGAAGCUCGUCGGUCGCCUGACUUGCGGUCGACCUCUGCGGGAUUUGGAGCAGGAGUUCAAAAUCCUGCAACCCUCCAGAAAAGAACCUCAGUUGAAUGAAAAAGACAUCGAAGAGUUGCCGGAGGAGUUCUGCCGGAACGGUUACGAGCAAGUUAUGCGGCUCACUGGCGGUCCCAUUAUCUGGGGAUUCUUGAAACCCAUCCUCCGAGGCAAACUAUUAUACGCUCCCGAUACGGAGGAAGCUCGACUGAUCGUCACCGAAGUCAACAGAACUUUCGAAUCAAUCGGACACUUCCGGGAUCGGUUGUACGAAUGGGGUGACGCCUCAAACGGUUUGAAAAUGAUGCUCGGACGGAAGAGUGCAAUCGAUGAUGUGAAGGACGCGCUUUUCUCCCAUGUUAUGGAGCCACUGAUGCGGAAGAUCCUACCGGCGGGCAUAACGAAAGACACGUUCGACCUCAACGUCGUUCAGAAUGAGAUCGGUGACGCCGGCGGCUUGGCCGACAUGCUUCAAUUAGUGUCGAACAUCUCCCAUUGUUUCACGCUCGAUCGUUUCGAAGCUGUACCAACCGAGGAAGAGUUGGAAAUAUUGGCCCCAAAAAUGACGAAACGCAAAGAAUUCAUCGCAGCAAUGGUUUUCGAUCUUGAUAAAGAGCUGAAAGGUCGCACAGCACGAACCCCGCCGAGCGCGGCUCCAACGCAGAAGAAUGGUGGCAGGGGCAAAAGAGGUCUUUGGGAAAUGAUCGGAUUCGCUGACGACGAGAGCGAGUCGCGCUUACCGUACGAUAUUCGCUACAAAAUUCGUAUGGACAUCGACAACGUUCCUCUCACCCAUCGUAUCAAGGACCUCUUCUGGAAACCCGGGGCGAAAGCCGAUUUCUUCGAGGACAUGCGAUACCAAAGAGGUUUCUCACAGAUGCAGCAAAUAGUCGACGCUGCGAUCUUGAGGGUCCUGAACCGACAAAUCCAUAACGGGAGCGACGAUCCGCGUGCCAAUCUGCCGGCGACGUUCGUUCAACAGUUUCCUUACCCUUGCUACGAGAAUGACGAGGCUGGUCAUCUGUUGAAGUCUAUCGUGCCCUUGGCUUGUCUCUUGUCAUGGUUGUUCUGCGUAGCCUUCCUCAUCCGGCAGCGCGUUCUGGAUCGAGAACAGCAUCUACAGGAGGUUCUCGCGGUCAUGGGUCUCAGAGCUUGGAUCGACCUCGCAGCCUGGGUUCUGCUUUCCGGGGCAAUACUCGGAGGGAUAGUGGCCAUCAGUACCGGUUUAAUCUCGGUAAUUCUGCCGAACUCGGACUUGCUCCUUCUGUUCAUCUUCUACAGCACCUUCGCUCUGUCGUUGUUGAGUUUUUGUUAUUUGGUAUCGAACAUAUUCCAAAACAACGCUACUCUAGCUGCAUUGGCCGGAACUCUUUUGUACAUCAUUUCGUUCAUACCCUUCGUCGUUGCUCUGACUUCCGAAGCAUCGCUUACGCUCAUGAACAAGCUGCUCCUGUGUACGUCGAUGAGUUCCGCUUUCUGCUACGGCUCCCUCUACAUCACAAGGUUCGAACAGCAGACACUAGGUCUUACUUGGCACACUGCUUUCAAAAGUCCACUGGCCGGUGAUGAGAUGAGUUUCAUGUUCGCCCUCGGCAUGCUUAUACUGGACUCGGUCGUUUACUCUGUAAUUGGCUGGUACUGCGGACACGUGUUCUGCAACAACCCGAACCUGAGGAAGAAGUGGUAUUUCGUUCUGCAGUCAGAGUUCUGGACAGGCAACUAUGCCGACGACGACGAUAUCUACACCAUUGACGAGAAAGGCGACGGCGUAGAGAUCUCUGAUCUCCUCGUCAGGUAUCCCGCGGGGAAUCUCGCGGUCAAUAAACUCUCUCUGACUUUGAGGGAUGGUGAGAUCACUUCGCUGCUCGGUCAGAACGGAGCCGGAAAAACAACGACCAUCAGAGUUCUGACUGGUCAGUGCCGAGCGACGACAGGGAGGGUUCAAGCGUACGGCAUCGAUAGUCGGAAUUUACCGGAGCUGAGACGACUCAUUGGAUACUGUCCCCAAUACAACACCCUUUUCGACAAAUUGACGGUGCGAGAACAUCUGAUGUUCUUCGCCAAACUGAAGAGCACAGCAACUUCGAAAUACGAGAUCGAUUCCGAGGUGAGGACAAUGUUGCGAAUGAUGGAUCUAGCCCACGUCGAAAAUCGUUUGUCUUGCGAGCUCAGCGGGGGACUACAGAGACGUCUCUGUGUGGGGCUGUCGUUCAUCGGGGGAUCGAAGCUGAUCAUCCUCGACGAACCAACGAGUAGUGUGGACCCCGUAGCUCGUCGUCACAUCUGGGACCUCGUGCUGAAGUACCGUCAACGACGAACCAUACUCCUCACGACGCAUCACAUGGACGAAGCCGAUAUUCUGUCCGACAAGGUCGCUGUAAUUCAACGAGGGUCACUCGUUUGUCAAGGAUCCCCCAUAACUUUGAAGACGCGUUUCGGUUGCGGUUAUCAGUUGACUCUCUGUCGAAAUUCGAGCCGAGAGUCCGACUCCGGUCUGUCGACGAGCGACGCGAGCCUCACCUCGAACCAUUUCUCCGUGGACAUCAUCGACGAUAUCCGAGAGUUCAUACCGAGCGCCUCGAUAAUCGGCGACGAAGCCGAUUGUGUCACUGUGAAUUUGCCGCACCGGUCCGAAGCGGGCGAUGCUUUCGAUUUCGCAGCAUUCUUCAGAAAACUCGAUACUUCCGGAUUGCUGGCCUAUCACGGCUUCAACAGCUACCGGGUGUCGUGCACGACUCUAGAAGACGCAUUCCUCAAUCUGAGUGCGGACAAUGUUUCACCGUCAUCGAUCACCCGAAUAUCGGAUUUCGACUCGGAUGGAAGAGGUGGUUCCGAUGGCUCCGCGUCACCAGUUUGGGACUCCGGAUCAACUAGCUCAUUGUAUCUCACGUCGAACCGAAGAGUCGAAGGCAUGGCGUUGGCCUUCAUGCAACUGCGAGCUCUUCUAUGGAAACACUCCCUGCAUUCGAUGCGUAGUUGGAAAGUACUGUUCUCAUCCGUGAUCAUGCCGUGCAUCUUCAUCGCUCUCGCGAUGGGAAUCACGACUCUGAAGCCGGACAAUAUCAAGGAACCAGCUCUCGACCUCGACAUAAACCUCUACGGAAGACCCGCCUUCUCGGUCCUCAGUAGUCAACCCGAUAGACCUCUCCUGAAAGAAUUCCGCGGGAAGCACGCCGUCCGUAUCGGGGAUCGAGUGCGAUCGCUCCCACAGCACGGAUUCUGUCCAGCCGUGGACCGAGCUCGACGCAAUCUCGACUGGGGAUCGGUGGACACCGUCGCAUCCUUCAACGGCACGCAAGAACUAUUCCUCAUCGAUCCUGCGAAAGUGGAUUUAUCCGACUAUCUGCUCGCUACAUACGCCGAUUAUUCGGAUAAGCGCUACGGAGGCUGGUCUCUGGAUGGUGAACAGGUCAAAGUGUGGUACGACAAUACGGCGCAUCACUCGUUGCCGAUAUACCAGAACCAGUUGACCAACGCGGUGCUGAGGAGACAUUUCGGUAAUUAUACCGUCCGCGUCGUGAAUCAUCCGCUCCAUCUGACGCACGAACAACUCGGCCGGGAAACAUUUUUGAGCCGUUUGGCAGAUCUCGGAGUCGCGCUUGUGAUUCUCAUCGGUCUCGGCUUCAUCCCAGCCUCCGCCGUGAUAUACGUAGUCCGCGAACGUGCCCAGGAGGAGAAGACCGUCCAGCAUUGUUCUGGGGUGUCUAAGACGAUGUAUUGGAGCGCAAUCAUGAUCUGGGAUCUUCUCGUUCUCUUCAUCGGGAUCUUCCUGUGUUCUGUAGUGAUUCGAAUUUUCGCUAUCCCAGUAUACGUGGAUCGGGAUAAUUUCUCGGCCGUCGUCCUAUUGCUUCUUCUGUUCGGUUUCUCUUCGCUGCCCGUGACGCAGCUCAUAUCGCACCUUUUCCAUGAGUCCUCGAUCGCCUUCAUGGUGACUUACUGUCUGAAUCUGUUCUUGGGACUGGGCAUCUUCCUUGUCCUGCUGCUUUGCAAUUCGUCGAUUCCAGAGGGCAUUCAUCUCGUCGGACUGAUUAUUCCGCAGUACUCCUUCAUCCAGGGCGUACUCGUACUUUUCAAGAAUCACAUUACGGCCGACAUCUACGAGAUCUUCGAUCAGGACGUCUACGAAGAUCCGUUGUACUUGCUGCGCGCGAACUACAUUAUGAUGUUGAUUGUGGGCACCUCCAGCUUCUUCCUGAAUAUCAUCAGGGAUUACAACAUGUUGACGAUUCCAAUCACCGGGAAGGAGCCCGAAAUCCCACAAAACGAGGAUGCGGACGUAAUGAUGGAGCGAAAACGAGUGGUUUCCGCCAUCGGCGACGAUGUCCUUUCCCUGGUGAAUCUCACCAAGGAUUACAAAACUUUCGGUCUCUCGAAACCCCACAGAGCGGUCGAUAGCGUUUCGUUCGGGAUCGGGAAAGGGGUCUGUUUCGGACUUCUCGGUCUGAACGGUGCGGGCAAGACUACGCUCUUCAAAAUUCUGACCGGUCACAUACAGCCCACAUCAGGGAGAGCCUUCCUCAAAGACAAAGGAGGAGCUUAUCGCUCGCUGGGCGAGUUCAAUCAUCACGUCGGAUAUUGUCCACAAGGAGACGCAGUGGACGAUCUGCUCACGCCGGAACAACAACUGACGAUCUACGCUCAAAUGAAAGGCAUCCCCGAGAACGAAAUAUACGAUGUGGUUCAGAAAGCAUUAGCCAUUUUCCAACUCCAGUCUUUCGCUAAUCGGCCAUGCAUCGACCUGAGCAGAGGAACCCGUCGAAAGGUCUGCACGGCGAUGGCUUUCUUGGGAGAUCCUCAACUAGUUCUGCUAGAUGAGCCCACGACGGGAAUGGAUCCCUUGACGAGGCGACUUCUGUGGAGCAGUGUCCAGAAGUGCGUCGAAUCCGGAAGAUCUGUGUUGCUCACUUCGCACAGCAUGGAAGAGUGUGAAGCUCUGUGCAACCGCCUGGGCAUCAUGGCUAACGGAAGACUCCGAUGCAUCGGCUGUCCUGACGCUCUCAAAUACCGUUUCUCGCAGGGCUUCACCCUCGGUCUACGAAUCGAGCCCGGUACUGAGCAAACAGUUCUCCAGCAUAUCAAAAGCAAGUUCCCCAGCGCACGUCCGAAGGCGCUGCAUGCAACAUCUUUGCAAAUAUCCGUGCCCUCGAAAGAAGCUUCUCUAUCAUCUCUCUUCGCUCUGCUGCAAGACGACCGCAGUCGACAGGUGGGCAUCGUUGAUCACACCAUUCAAUUGACUACUCUGGACCAAGUCUUCGUCGAGUUCGUGAGCCAACAAAAAGGAGAAGAGGACGAUGAGGAAUCAUUCUCAAGGGUGGCUACAGUUUCGUCUUUUGGAUCAGCUUCCUAUCAACAGCUAUCUUCAAAGGACGGAGCUCUGGCCGAGGACGGUUUUAUAGACUGCACACAUUUCUAGUUCAUUCAGACCUUUGGUUCAUCCCUUGGGAACGACUCGAUCACCGAUCGAAAAUUUCAUGACUUCCGCUACUCACCUCCUGGAAACCAUGUAUAUAGUCCAACGAGCGACGGGACUCAUCAUACUCCCGUGAAACAGCUCAAACGACUCACAAUCCGAGCACCACUGGGGAAGCGAUGUACAUACAUGACGAUAAGAAUGAGUUCCUGACAAGUUUGGAGAUAUCUCCAUGGAUUCGAAAGCUUCGCAGACCCCGAUCCGACGGCCGCGGUCGCAGCAGCCUGCGAACUUAUCAAAAAUGAUUUAAAUAGGCCAAUUUUAUUUAAUCCCCGUGGGGAGCGCUAAUGUGCUGUUUCGCAGGCACAGAGUGCGCAGUUGUUCUAUCCACAGUCGAGCAUCCGAC